GGGGAGCUCAGAGGACUCGGCUUGCUGGGGGACAGCCCCUCAUUUCUGCCCUGUGACGCCAGCCCUCCGGCCAAAGCAGAAGCAAGUCAUUCAUUCCUUUUAGAACUACAGAGUGGGACCCUGCCCGGUGUCAGGCGCUGGUCUGGGCUCUAGGGUACAUGGUGAGCCAGAAAGCUGGGCCCUACACCCCAGAAUUUGCCAUUUGGGGGCCGGGAAAGCAGAGGAUACAAAGGGAACAUUGGCUGAGGGGCAGGGCCAGGGGGCCUGGCCGAGAACGGGGCCUCUGAGCAGGUGGAUUUGCAGUGAGACCUGAAUGAUGACGAUGAGCCGGCCACGCCAAGCCCUGGGGACGAGGUUCCAGGCGGGGGAGAGCAAGUGCGGGGCCCCGCGGGGGGACCGGCUGCCGAUGUUUCUGGAGGAGAAGAAGGCUGCUGUUCUUGGAGGCUGGUGUGAGAGGCUGGGCGCAGGGACGGAGUCGGGAGGCUACCCCACAGGCAGUGGGGACCCCCCAGCCGAGUGACACGAGGACAUGAGGUGCUCUGGCGUGGAUGAGCACGUGAACGUGCUAACCGCUGGGCAGAAGCUCGCGAAUGGAACAGGUACAGCCAGUUGGAAGGUCACCUGGGGUUCCAGUAGGACAUCUUGGUGGCAGGUGGAGAUCGUGAAAAAUGCACAGAUUCAAGUGACCUUUAAGGGGCCUGGCUUUCACGGUUUGUGGCGGGCUCGUGAGCGAGCGUGAAGGAACGGGAGGAACGAAGGCGGGUCUGAGGCUCAGGGCCUCGGCUGCCCCGUGGGAGACGGAGCCGCUUACUGAGCCGUGAGGAGGGUGGGGACCGCAUAGACUGAGAAGAGCUGAGUCACCACGGCCUUCAUGAGGAGUGACAAAGAUGUAUGUGGUGGCGGGAGGUGCUCAUGGACAUGGCAGAGCCACCACGCAGCAGAGCGGGACGAGACCAGAAAGAUCGUUUUGGCCAACCCAGCCCUCUUACUCAGACGAGGUGCCGGAGCCGAGCGGUCAGCCGGCUAGUCCAGGGGCACCGAAAGCGGCAGAGCUGUGUCUCAUCGCCGGUGACCCAGACCACACCACUAGCUCGCUGCCCUUUGGGGGUGCGGGCCAGGCCCUCGAGGCGAGGCUCCAUCACAAGGAAGGGACGUAAUAAGGUGUCGCUGACCCUCAGUCUACAAACCCGUCCGUCAACCACUGGUUCUCACGAAAACCGAGAGGCGGGCUCAGCGAACGUCACCGUUCAGACUUCACGGGAAACGCAGCAUAAAGAAGAGGAGACCGCGCGAACCCAUUCUCGGGGUUCCCGGAGGGACAGCUGCGGUGGUGCGCCGGCCAACCCACCCUCCAGACCGAAAAGGACAAAAAGCCCCGAUGUGCAGCCCCUGCCCACUGCCGUGGUGCGAACGCUCCCCCCACAGCCAGUCUCAAGCUCCCAGCGCGAGGUCCCGGGAGGCACUGUCACGCAGACCCACCUCCUCCAGGAAGCCUCCGGAAGCUACACAGAAGGCCCUGAGCCCGCCCUCUUGCUGGGCUGGACACAGAUGGGCCUUGUGUCCCCAGCCUACCGGGAGGGACGUGCACCGCAUGCCUCAGUGUCCCCCCAGCCCCAGCCCAUGCUUGGUCCUCACGGUGCUGGCCGUACGGCCCCUGCCCAGGUUCAAGUCUGCGAACGCACAGGCGGGCUAACGGGUCCACGGUGCUCAGACCCGCUCGGCCCCCCACUCCUUCCGGCCCCUCCCCCUCCCUCCGCGGAACCGGUCCCACGGGCGGCGCCGCUGUCCGUGGCCACGCGGGGGCGCGCGGGAGCUCUGCGCCGGGAGGCGCAGCCUGCGGGGGGAGAGCCGCCCCGACCCUGCCCCCCACAACGACCUCCACCACGGAGGGGGCCGCGGCAGGCGGCGGGGGGGCUGGCCGGCUCCUGCUCUCAGGCUGUGGUCGCCCCAAUGGGAAUAGAGGACAAACCUGGUCCUUAGGAAGUCACAGUGGCCGA